AUGUGUGUGCUGGUGUCUUUGGCCGCAGAUCCGAGGGGAUUGCUGCGAUACGUGCCAGAGGAGAUGCAAGACUUCCUCUUCAACAAGAGAGUGUUUGAUAUCCUCUAUGACGAUACGCCCGUGAUCAAUGCCAUCCGGAAGUGGGGCCCAGUUCAGCUCUUGAUCUCUCAAGAUGGAACAUCUCAGGGAGCCAUUCGGCAUUUGGUCGAGCAUACCGAGCCAGAGGUGCUACGAUUUGUACUAUGCCGGAGCUUCUUCAGUUUCUUGCCCGGCCCUCUUCGCUUGCUACUUUUGCCUGCCCGAAGUCUUUCAAAGGAGGGCCUAGAGGAGUCCGAUACUCCACCCUCUGUGGAGUGGGUGCAGGACUUCCUUCAAGACCGGAAUGAGAAGAAGCAGCAAAAGAUCAAAUAUCCUGAGUUGUUGCCACUCGUGACCAAGACCAUGGGCUUGGACUUUGCGCCCUUCAAGUCCAUCGGCAGAUCCUUCUUCCGAUGGCUCUCUACCUUCACCUUCAUUGGAGGUUUGGCCUCGUGCCUAGUGUCUGCAGGGCUUCUUUUUCCUGUGCCCUGGCUGCUUUGGGGGGCAUCGUGA